UGCACUGAGGUUGAACAACGGGUGAGGGAGAAUGGAGGUGGAAAGAGGUUGGAUAGAGAAAAGGACACGCGACCCCCAGUGUUGGGGUCGCAUGUUUUGCUGCUGUGUGCCUAUGGUUAAGUCAAUGUUUGAGUGCGCGGUUCUUGCGGGUGGGCCUUUGGUAGAAGGGGUAGUGGAGAGAAAUGAAAGUGUUGGGGUGACGGCAGGACUUGAACCUGCAUUCCUUGCAGUCAACUUUUUGUCGGCAUAUGGGGCUAUCGUUGGCGCUACCACUAUCGCGCCUCGUCACGAAGAGGUAGUGGAGAGAAAGAUGAAUCGGAAGGGUGUUGGGGUGAUGGCAGGACUUGAACCUGCACUCCUCCGGCCUGCCCAUGGACUUAUGGAGGCUACCAUUGGCGCUACCACUAUUGCACCUCACCAUCCCAAAAGCCAGUGCGGCUCUGGGCUUACGGGGUUGCGGUUGAUUGGCAUUACCACGGUGGCCACGUCAUCCUCCCUUCAGAUGUUAGAGGCCUAAUUAGUUUUAAACAGGGGCACCGCGUGAAGGUUUAGGCCCGUGCCGGGUGUUUGCUGUGGUAGCAGAACUCCCCCUCGACUGACAUCCAUCGUCGAGGCCC